GUUUCUGGCACUCCAGGUUUCGAAGGGAGGGGGAAGCGCGGCUUGAGGCGGCUUAGAUGUGAGCGACCCCCGCGGGUGCGGCGGCCGCCUGACUGCGUCGGGAUCGAAUUUGGGUCGUGCUCCUCCAUCGGAGAAUAGGAGAAUCUGUCUGAAAGCACCGCUCGGACUCCGUACACUCGAAGAAGAAGCGUUAGGAUGGGAAACAGUGCAUUGAAAGCCCACCUGGAAACAGCACAGAAGACCGGUGUGUUCCAGCUGACGGGAAAGGGACUCACAGAGUUUCCUGAAGACCUGCAGAAGCUAACAAGCAACUUAAGGACAAUAGAUUUGUCGAACAACAAAAUAGAGCUCUUGCCACCACUCAUUGGAAAAUUUUCCCUUUUGAAGAGCCUUGUUCUAAACAACAACAAACUGACUGCUCUACCUGAGGAGCUGUGUAGACUGAAAAAACUGGAAACACUGCAUUUGAAUGGCAAUCACUUGAGGCAGCUACCAGCUGCAUUUGGACAACUUUCAGCUCUCAAAACUUUGAAUCUUUCUGGGAACCAGCUUCGGACUGUGCCUACACAACUUUGUGGUCUUCGCCACUUGGAUGUGGUGGAUCUUUCCAAAAACCAGAUCCAGAAUGUACCUGACAGUGUGGGAGAACUGCAGGCCAUUGAACUCAAUUUGAAUCAGAAUCAGAUUUCCCAGAUCUCAGUGCAGAUCUCACACUGUCCACGUCUCAAAGUCUUGCGUUUAGAAGAAAAUUGUCUAGAACUUAGCAUGCUUCCUCAGAGUAUCCUCAGUGAUUCCCAGAUCUCACUGCUUGCAGUUGAAGGCAACCUCUUUGAAAUCAAGAAACUCAGAGAACUGGAGGGUUAUGACAAGUACAUGGAACGGUUUACAGCUACAAAGAAGAAGUUUGCGUGAUUUUGUUCUGGUUGUGUGUAUCCCUGGUAAGAAGUUAGUGACUGAGCCACCUGCUUCACUGACAUAAACCAAGACUGAUAAAGGAGAUUAGAGUAUCCUCUCUAUUAGUUGCAUACAGUCGGUAAGACCACAUUAAAUAAACUGGAACUAGAAAGCACAGGUACUGUACUGAUGAACCUGCCUAGGGGCCAGUUUUCUUUUUGAGCCACUAUAACUUUUUAACACAGUACACAUUCUCUGUUGUCAGGGCUCGUUCUUCCGUAGAGAAGGGGAAAGGGUAUUCCAAAUUUGCCAGUUUCCCUUUGUCAGGAAGCUACUGAUUGAUUUCUAAGAGAAUUAUUUCUCCUAGAAUCACUUUCCAUGAUAGUACAUGGAAGUUUUGCUUUCAAAGCAGAUUCAAAACAUUGUAUAUUUUGCAGUAAGCUCUUCUACAGUAAACUCUUCUACAGAGAACUUCCACAGAUGUUUUAGUUCUUAACUUAUACAAAUUUUUCUAUGAAGCACAGAUAGUUAUAGCUAAUUUUUAUUAACUGGCUCUAGUAAACAAAUGACUUGAACAUUCUUCAUUCAUACUUCUCUGUAUAGACUUUCUUUUCCCAUAAGCAAGAAUUGCACUACAGUCCUCUACUGCUUGAGCUAUGUCAAAUAAAAAUGAAGUUCACCUUCAGUGUAUUCAGUAAAAAUGUAUACUGCUGGAAAAUAUCCUUGCACUGACUCUUAGUGAAAGUCUUAGCUGUCUCCCUACUGCUGCUGCCUUAGUACCAAAAGCACCUAGACAGAAUUGAAGAUGUAUGCAAUUAUUUAACUUAUUCUAAAGAAGGAAGUGUACUUGUUUAUUUUAGUAAAAUGUUUUCAAAAACUCAUUUCAAGCUUUAUUUGGUGUACCUGCUGCUGUUGUCACUUUUACCAGUAGUAUUAAGCUGUCCUACAAACCACCACUUCAGAUACACUGUUUCAUCAGUUACUGUUAAGAGCUGUACUUCAACCCUUUGAAAAAGCAGAGAAGUCAAGUAAGUCAACACUUAGGUAGCAAUUAAGUUAACAUGCACAAAAUAGCAAAGUAGGAACUGUACUAGGUGCAUUUCUUAGCAAACGAAGAUGGAUGCACCUCUUCCUAAUCAGAUGGUCUUCCAGUCUCACUGCAUAUAGUAAUUAUUGUUUUAUGCAUAACCUUUCAUACUUGUGGUAAGAAAGGCAUUUAGACAUUCAACUCCUUGAAGGUGCAGGUGUGAAAAUUAUAUGUAGUCAAUGUGUUAUGCCAUCUGCAACUAAGGAAAAUGAAGUGACCUCUAUGCCAGUGUUUUUCCUCAAUAUACUAAUUUUAAUUGUAGUUAUCAUUUAUUUUAUAAGAUGCUUAGGAAUAUUGAGUUCCCUGGUCCCGUAGAAGUCUUGUUUCAUUCUUACACUGUAAUACUUUUUACAGUAUUUUGGGGAACGUCAAUUAAUGAUUUAAAGGAUGGGUAUGAUCCAUCAUUAAACAGGUGUCAUGACCUGCAAGUUCCCCAGACUAUGAGUGCAUAAAGAUUGCAGUGGUAGACUUAGAGAAUUCUAUAUGCAAGAACAGGUGUUUUAUUUCUUAGCUUUUAAUUACUGACUACUACUAUUUACCACCACUAAAGCAAGUAAUUAAUAAAGCACACAUGUUAUUUCAAGCAUUACCAGCCUGCUGUAAUACUUGCCAAAUUGCUCUCAGGACUGAGGGUAGUUGAUGAAGGACAAAGUUUCACUUCAGAGAUGAUUUGCAUUGUAGAGGGCAGAGUCAGCUAGGUGACUCCAAGGUCUUGUCUAUCCCUUAGAUCUCGAAUAGAGAUGUUCUCUCAGGGGAGUAAUAAGAAAGAAGUUCCAUUCUGAGUAGACAGCAAGAUAUUUUUGGUUGGUAAGGACACAACUACCUGCCACUGCUAGCUUUUGUUCUCCUACCUGUAACUGCAACAUUUGUUUUUAGUUUCUUGCUUUCCUAAAGCUUCUCCCCUUUAAUGAACAAGCAAAAACAAUACCAUUCUCUGAUUAAUUUCCACUUUUUACCUGUUCUUACAGUUUGUUUUUAUAGUUAUCAGAGCUACCCCAUCCCUAUCUGGGGCUCUCAGGUACCUAGAGAGAUCAAGGAUGGUACAGAUUCUUGGGCUAGUAGUUCCUUGUCUGACAGACAUCUUCUGUUAGUAUUGCUGCCAUUAUAACCAGGCUGGCGACAGCAGGAACCGGUCUACACUUCAGGACUUCCCCAUUCCAGGUGCUAUCUUAAACAAGAAGUAGCUGACAGGAAGACAGCGCUUACUAUACUGCUUUGUUUUGCAUGUCAAAAUAAUUGCAAGGCCAGAUAAUCAGAAACUUGUUCCUCUAUAUUAAUAAACUCCACAGAUGACAACUUGCAGAAAUUUAGCAGUGAAUAGGUUAAGCCUCAAACUUGUUUCAAGUUCAGCUCCUUUCAGUUGAUACCUGAAAUCCAAUUUGAAGCAGAAGCUUUCUUCCUACAGACUUGCAGUGCUUGAGACACCCACAGACCAAACCCCCCUUCAUUUUAGCAGAUUUGCCAAUGCAUGGGACAGGAGCAACUGACCUAACAGUACAACAGGAUAAUUUAUCAUUAAUAUCAUGCACUUUGCAAUACUAUGCCGUGGAUCUGUGGGUGCUUUUUUUUUUUUAAACUGAAAAUACUUGUUCUCAGGCAUGCUGUUCCUCUUAAGCUUAAGUUGUUUAUCAGCAUUCUUUGUCUGAGAUUUGUCAAAGAUUUGUAUGCAGGAACAGAAAGCAAUAGGUAUUAGGAAACAAGAGCAGCAGAAUACUUGAAAAAGUGACAGUUGGCACUGCCAUAAAAAAAAAAUCUCAGUGGUUUUGAAAUAUUUGAGAUACUACGUCAGUAUUUCUGUUGUCUAUGUGAUUGCCAGUACAUUUAGAAACCUUUCAGUUACUCAUGGCUCUUCUGCUACCUUGGAGUUACAGCACCUACCAGAAGUUUCAUCAAGCAAAGGGAAGACACCAUGAAAAAUACUAAAUGCUGCCAAGUUAGUCUUGAACUAUACAAAUCUGUAUCAAAAUAGAAGGGGAUUUGUUUCAAGAAAAAAAUUUCAUGUUCUAGGUCACAGUAAUGAACGUGUUCAAGUACAGAAUAGCAUCCAGUUCAGUGAAGCUUCAUCACUACACUUAAUCUACCAAUAGUUUUACAUCAGCAAUUUCUGUUUUCCCUUCUCCUCACCCCUUAUGCAAAAGGAUUUUAUUUUCAUGCACAAAAAUACAUCAUUUUACUUUGGAAAUUACUGAGUUAGAAAAAGUUAAAUGAACUGAUUGUAAACUAGGGUAUUUUAUUUCAUACUGAUUUCAUUUGCUCUCCAAUUUUUUUUUUUUAGCUGCAUGAAUAUGCAGUUUUCAUCUGUUUAUUCAGUUAGUAUUUAGAUAAAGUACUGUUACUUCAAGUGCAAAGGCAAAUAAGCACAUUUUUUCCACAGCAAAGCCUUUACAGAGGAGGGAGUUUAGCAAGCUACUGCACAAGCAAUAUGUACUGCAGCUCAUAUAUAGCUACCUGUCAAAAACCUUACUCACUUUUCACCAAGACGUAGGCUAGCUCAAAUUUCAUAGUAUACCAUGAAUUACUGUAUAAAUAUGCCUAAAGGACAUCUACAACACAUUCAGAAUAAUUAUAUACUCCAUUUGUCCAAUUCUUAAAAAUUUAUUUUUAACCUAGCUCUUAGUAAAAAUAUGCUAGGCAGCCCAACUUUAUAUGAAAAAUGAUUCUUCCAAGCCAUUUCCGGAUACCACUGUUCUUGAAGCUCAGAACUGUUUCAAAUCUGUAAUCCCUCUAUCCUUAAGUGCAUUCUGCCAAUCUGAUGUUACAAUAUCAGAGAAAAUACUAUUUUAAAUAGCUUUUCAAGUGCAUUGCCAAAAAGUUAGAUCUCUGUAUUUCAUCUACUGGAUCCUUGCUUGAUAUCUGUUACUAGUAUUCAUCAUCUUGAAGAGUAGUCUCAUUUCUUAUCAGUCCUUCAAAAAAGAUGGACACAUCUGAUAGAUUGACAUUAGGUGAUACUGUCAGUUAUGCCAGAAUGGAAACUGAAUUGUUAAAAAAAAAAAAACCACCAAAACAAAACAAACAGAUCUGUCUUUUCCUCUCUUUCCAGCCACCUCCCUUCCUGUGUUAGCAUCAGGGUUUCUAUGAAAUAAAAAUAGAAGGGAAACUUCCUAUUUGCAUAACAGCAGCAACUAGUUCUGCCAAGUUUUUCAAGGACAGGAAACUAAACAAAGACAUUUCUAAAUAAGACAAAAUAGUUCUAAAACACAUUCAGUUAUAAAAGUAUGUAUUUUGUGCACAAUAUGCAGUUUAACAAUCAAAAGCAGAAACUGUAAACCUUCAUUCUCAAUAGUAUUCAGAAAUAUAAAGAAGUACAAGUUUUGAUUACAUCCCACAAACUUGGAAAGUAAGCAUCUAUUCUACAGACAACAGUAAGAUGAUUCAAGAAGCAGACUGCAUUGUUCAUUUACAUUAAAGCACCAGCUCCCUGACAGGUUUGGCUCUUGCUGCAUCAGAAAAUAUUGAUACUUACAUAAUACUCAAGCUUAGCGUUAUUUCCUUGUGUGAUAUUCAUUGCAGUAUUAAGAUUCUGUGUACCAAUCACAACAGUCUCUCAUCCAAUUUGUGCUUAAUGCUUAGGGAAGAUCAAGAACAUAGACUUGUCGCAAGGAAAAAACACAUUUCAAGAUGCUACAGAGCAGCCUUGCACUGUUUUAAGUACAAUAAGGCAAAUGCUUUAGUUUUCUGUUCCAGGAGAUGAUCACAGGUAAUGCAUGCUUUGCUUUUGUGAUCAGCAGCAAAUAUUCCUUCAGUUAACCUGAAGUUUGUAGGAAGGAAAACAAGAUAACCACCCCAAAAAUGUCACAAAUUCUAAUCCCUGGUGCUUUCCCACACAAAAGGUUAUAAGAAUAUCAUAUAGUAAAAUUAUAAUAAGUACUUUUUUGCUACUUGUGUUUUUAAGCAUUAACAAUAGGAGCUUUUAUAAUUCAUUAUCUUUCCAAAAACCGUCAGAAGCCAAUAUCUAGCAUUUAAGUAACCAGACCCCAUAAAAUUGGUGUCUUACAUAAGAACUUCUAUCACUGGCCAAUUUACCACAUGCAGCAGCUCCAUCCUUUGGUUAGUUGUUUUCUUUGAUUUUUGUUUAAUAUCAGGUUGUACUGGGAGCAAACUAAGAAUAUACUAGUUAAUAUACUAUACACAAAUUGUAUUUCUACUGGAAACCAGAAAUGUUACAUACAUUCAUUACAUCUCCAUUUCAGCGGUUACUGUAAUCUCUUUAGCCCGAGGAUUUACUAUUAAUGGUUACAAGAUACCUGUGGACUGUCAAAAGCCCUGGGAAUAAAUCUGGGUAUACUGGAAGCGGAAAAGCAUUUUGGUUUGACUACAGAGAUGACAGCUGUACCUCCACUCAACUGGUCUUCUAUUCUGCAGCAGAAUAGGAACUUUUUAGUUUUAAGCAACUGAGAUCAAGUAUUUCCAGCUGCCAGUCCCAAGGCCUGAAAUAAUAAGCUAGUCAAGAAUCUAUUCAGAAUAGUUUAUUUGGAACUAGCAAACAGAUCCUACAUACAUGUACUGCUUCUUCCAGACCCGUGACAAAGUAGUAUCAUAACAAGAUGAUCUUUGCUUUUGGUAAUUUUAAAAAGCUCCCCUAAAGUCACUGCUGAGGACAAACCAUACUCAAUCUCAGUCAUUCUAUUUCAAUGGAGAAAGGCCUGAACUGAACUUCAGCAACAACUAGCCAAAACAGAAUACAAUAUGGGAUAUGAGAAAGCUGCAUGCUUUUCUAUUCUGUUUCUAUUCAGAUCCUUCCAGUUAACAUGCAUUAAACACUUCAAAGCUAACUUUCAGACUGUGGACACAGUUUUCUAUCAAAUAAAUGCUUCGGGGACUUUU